AUUGUCACAUAUUUACAGUUAUUUCGUUACAUUUUUUAACCUCACCGAAAUUUUUCAACAUCGGUUGUGAAAAGUUUUUAAUUUAAUUUAUUUAAAAGGCGUAAAAUUAUGGAAGUGUUUUUAAAUGAAGAACUAUCAUCUGAAGCGAAAAAGGAUAUGCGUCACGCAUAUCUGCGCGAGUGUGGUAUAACCGAAAAGCUUAAUGAAAUUUUAAAUAAAUUAUUGCAAGCAGGCGUAAAGCCAGAUAACCCGUUAGAUUUCAUACGCGAGGAAUUGGGUGAUAAACCCAUACCGACGGAAACUAUUGAGAAUAUGGAGCACGAGUUGGAUGAUGCCCAUCGUGAAAUACGACGUUUGCGUGGUAUUCUAAAAGAACUUGGCUUUCAUAAUCUGGACGAACAAUUUCAUGAUGCAGAAGCGGGGCCUGAUGAGUUUGAAAACGUGGCCAGCGAAUUCAACAAUUCAUUGACAAUUAGGGAAGUGAAUGAUGAACGCACAAGUGGACAACAUAAUCAACAAAUUAGCUAAGUAAAAACAAAUGGAUUUUUUAAAUAUUGCUGAAUUAAAUAAUGUACAAAAGUUGGUGCAGUAAUCGUAAAUGAUGGCGUCUAGAAGAAAAUAAAGAAAUGUUUUACAAAAAUACAACAUUAAAGUUAAG